UCAGUUGUCACUCUUGUCACCGCCCUUUGGUGUUUGAAGACGGCGGUUUUUGACCGACUUUCGCGUAUAAAACAUGUAUUUUAAUUUCUUAUAGGAAAUAUCCAGUGAAAUUUUAGGGGAAACAAAUCCAGUUACCAAUUAAACGCGAAAUUUCGAUAUUUCCUAUUAAUUUUGGUGCACAAACAAAUUGGGGUUAUGGCAGGCUCCACACGUAGGAUCUUAGUUGAAACUAAAAAUUUAUCAAAAGAUCCUCCCCCAGGAAUAAGCGCUACGCCCGACGACAAUAAUUGCAGAUACUUUCAUGUAGUAAUGGCUGGUCCCUCAGGUUCCCCAUAUGAGGGUGGCCUAUUCAAGCUUGAGCUCUUUCUGCCUGAAAACUAUCCUUUAUCACCGCCUAACGUUCGUUUUCUAACUAAAAUUUAUCAUCCCAACAUUGACAAACUAGGUCGAAUAUGUUUGGAUAUAUUGAAAGAUCAGUGGUCACCUGCUCUUCAAGUUCGCACAGUCUUAUUAUCAAUUCAAGCAUUGCUUAGCAGCCCAAACCCAGAUGAUCCUUUGGACAAUGUUGUAGCAAACAUGUGGAAAACAAGGGAACAUGAAGCCGUUAUGAGAGCAAAAGAGUGGACUCACUUAUAUGCAAUGGAAUGAAUCGAGCUUACUUAGUUUUGUACCAAAUAAAAGACAGACUGUGAUAAUUAAAUCUUUUAUUGCUUGUAUGGGCAAUAUGUGCCGAAAAACCAAGUUUACUGAAGGAACUCGACAAAAUACUAUUCACACUUUUGCAUUCAUUUUAUUAUAUUCCUUUUGUAUGUCGCGUUUAUUAUUUUUAUUGAUUUGAACGCUAAACUUUAUGUUUAGGAAAUUAAAAACAAUGUACAAGCAAAUAAGCUUCUUGAACUAUGAUUUUAUGAAUUAUUAAAUCAUUUUUAUAUACUUGAUGAAAAUUGAUUUUUUUUUAAUAAAGAAUGAUGAAAUUAACUUGGAACCUUAAUGUCAUGUUAAAACAAAUCAUUAUUGAA